AUGCUGGCCGUCGGUCCGGGCCGGGGCUCCGGCGCCCGGCUGGCCGCGGCCCUGAGGCGGCUGAGCGGGCCGGGCCCCCGCGGAGGGGGAGCGCGGCCCCCGUCCGGUCCCGCCGCGCCCCCUCCUCCGCCUCCUCCCCCUCCGCCUCCUCCGCCUCCUCCCCCUCCGCCCCCUCCGCGGCGGGGCCGUCCGCCCUUGGGGCUGCGGACGCGGCUGGCGGCCGUGGCGCUGCUGGGCGCCGGCCUGGGGUCGGGCUGGCUGUGGGCGCGGGCCGAGAAGCGGCGGCGGCGGGAGCGGGAGCGGCGGCGGGCGCUGCGCCAGGUGGCCGUGGGCCAGGGCGACUUCCUGCUGCUGGACCAGGCCGGCCGGCCGCGCCGCAAGCGGGACCUGCGGGGCAGCUGGGUGCUGCUCUACUUCGGCUUCACGCACUGCCCGGACGUGUGCCCCGAGGAGCUGGCCAAGCUGGCGGCCGCCGUGCGCCUGCUGGAGGCCGAGCCGCGGCUGCCCCCCGUGCAGCCCGUCUUCGUCACGGUGGACCCCGAGCGCGACCACCCCGCCGCCCUGGCCCGCUACCUCCGGGACUUCCACCCGCGCCUGCUCGGCCUCACCGGCACCCCGGACCAGGUGCGCCAGGCCGCCCGGAGCUACCGCGUCUACUACAGCGCCGGGCCCAAGGACGAGGACCAGGACUACAUCGUGGACCACACGGUGGUCAUCUACCUGCUCGACCCCGACGGGCUCUUCGUCGACUAUUACGGCCGCGGCAAAACGGACCAGCAGAUCGCCGAGAGCGUCCGGCGGCACAUGGCCCGGUUCCGCAGCGUCCUCACCUGACCCCUCCGGGGCCCCGGGGCCGGACCCGGGUGCGGGUCGCCGGGCCCCCGGGACGACUCCUUUUCACAAUUAAACGGGCGACGCGGCCCCGGGCCGGGUCGCGC